GGUUGCCAGUCUGUCACAAAUAACAGCUGGCAUGCAAGCGUUUCUAGCCGGUUUGUAAACAAACCGCAAGCGUUUGCGAAUUGGUGGUUUAACUGAAUUAAAAAGUUAAAAGCAUGGCCAACAAGAAGUAUAGUGAUGUCAACCUGUAUGACCUGCUUGGUGUAUCCAUCGAAGCCGAGCAGGCUGAAAUACGCAAAGCGUAUCGAAAACGCGCUCUCGACUGCCAUCCGGAUAAGAAUCCCGACAAUCCACAAGCGGCGGAACGCUUUCAUGAGCUGUCUAAGGCGCUGGAAAUACUUACUGAUGUAACUGCGCGCGCCGCCUACGACAAGGUACUCAAGGCAAAAAAGGCCGCAGAGUUGCGCACCAAACAGCUAGACAGCAAAAGACAAAAGCUCAAGGAGGAACUGGAGCAGCGAGAACGGGCCGCGCUAGACAAGCAGCAAGCUGGUCAGCCGUAUAGCACAAUACGUAAGAGCGAUGAGGAGGUGCUGCAGGAACAAAUUGAACGCUUGCGACGCGAGGGCUCCAAGCUUCUGGAGGAGGAGCAGCGGGCAAUGCGGGAGCAGCUUAAACGCAACUACAAUGAACAACAGCAGCUCCAGCAGAAGCAACAAACAGCCGGAUUCGACUCGGCGCAACAUCGCAUAAAGAUUAAAUGGAAGGCGGAUAAGAACGAUGCCAGCAACGGCGGCUACACGCACGAGCAGCUCUUGCAAUACCUCAAGAAAUAUGGCGAGGUUGUGGCUCUGGUCAUGAACACAAAAAUACGCGGCCGUGCCAUGGUGGAGCUUAGCACACGCGAAGCCUGCGACAUGGUGCUGGCCUAUGAGAAAGGCAAUCCAGGGAACCCAUUGCACUUUCAGUGGGUAUCACGGCCAACAACGCCCACAACGACGCCAAGCAGCGCAACGACACGGGAUUACGAGGACUUGGUCAUGCGUAAGCUGCGCCAAGCUGAGGAGCGCAAACGUUUAAUCGAAAAAAUGAUGAAAGAGGAAGGCGAUGAAUAACCGUUGAAAAGUGUAGCAUAAGUUGUAAUUUAAUAAAACUAGUUGGCAGCACCACCGACAGCUGUUGACAUAAAUAAACGGGAAAAUAAAAUGGGGUAUAUUAGUUUUUCGAAAUAAGUAAAA